CCGAGUUCAACUACGGUUGCAGAGGAUUUGCUACGCCCGCCCGGGCGUAAGCAUGAUGAAGGAAGAAGCGAGUCAAAGCAGUAGACCCUGAGCGGCCUGCCACUCCGGCCCGGGCGUAAGCAUGAUGAAGGAAGAAGCGAGUCAAAGCAGUAGACCCUGAGCGGCCUGCCACUCCGGCCCGGGCGUAAGCAUGAUGAAGGAAGAAGCGAGUCAAAGCAGUAGACCCUGAGCGGCCUGCCAUUCUCGGUAGGGAGGGACGUACGUGAACUGGUGCCGGAACCAACCACAUCACGGUCCUUUCUGCUGAUACGAGCCAAAUGGAGAGUGGGAAGGGAAGUAUGCCCCGAACCCACCUCGGGAAUAAACAAUCGACACGUGUGGUGUAUCUGUGUACUCUCCCACUAUAUAAGGGGAUGUGUAUCUCCCAAGGAGGUGUGGACUCCCCCGUGCUCGCUCCCAAUUAGCAGGCGGCAGCAGCGGCAGAGCACGCGAAGGAACCAAAGAGCCACUGCCCGCUGCAGCACUCACGAACUGGAGAAGUAUCUUUGUGCCGUGCGAAGCUUAGUGGAGAGACAACCAGAAGCCAAAACAAGGAAGCAGCAGAACCAUGUGCAACACCACACCCUCCUCUCCUCCCUCUUUCCCCUUCGAUACGAACUCUCAUCUCUUAAGUACCCACAAGCUCCGUAUGGAGGAUCUCCCUCUCGAACCCCUUGACCAAGACCUCCACAGAUGCCCCGGUCUUGCAGAGGCGGCAGAAGAAAUGAGGGCCAUAGGGAAGAUCUCUAUCCCCACGGCUCUAACUGGCCUCGUCCUCUACUCGCGCGCCAUGAUAUCGAUGCUUUUCCUUGGCGGCCUCGGCCAGCUCGAGCUGGCGGGCGGCUCCCUGUCGAUCGGGUUUGCGAACAUCACUGGCUACUCCGUCCUCUCCGGCCUCGCCAUGGGCAUGGAGCCCAUUUGUGGCCAGGCCUUCGGCGCCAAGCAACGCAAGCUCCUCGGUCUCACUCUGCAACGGACCAUUCUGCUCCUGCUUUCGGCGUCCAUCCCAAUCGCCUUCCUUUGGCUCAAUAUGAAGAGAAUCCUCUUGUGGUGCGGGCAGGAUGAGCGGAUCUCCUCCACCGCCCACAUCUUCAUUACAUUCGCGAUUCCUGACCUCUUCUUCUUGUCAGUUCUCCACCCUCUUCGCAUCUACCUGAGAUCUCAAAACAUCACCUUUCCGGUCACGUACUGCUCGCUCGUCUCCGUCGUCCUCCACGUGCCGUUGAACUAUCUCCUCGUCGUGCAUCUCAAAAUGGGUAUCGCGGGCGUGGCCCUGGCGAUGGUCUGGACCAAUUUGAACCUGUUCAUAUGCUUGCUUCUCUUCGUCCUGUGCUCUGGCGUGUGCAAGGACUCGUGGGUGAGGCCGAGCAUGGACUGCCUCAGGGGUUGGUCGACGUUGCUCAAGCUCGCCGCACCGUCGUGCGUGUCCGUGUGCCUCGAGUGGUGGUGGUACGAGUUCAUGGUACUGUUCAGCGGCCUGCUGGCCAACCCCAAGGCAGCAGUUGCUUCCAUGGGGAUACUUAUCCAGACUACGUCCUUGGUGUACGUCUUCCCGUCGGCGUUGAGCCUGGGGGUGUCCACCCGGGUCGGCAACGAGUUGGGAGCUAACCGUCCGGCCAAGGCCCGGACCGCGGCCGUGGUAUCCUUGGCGUGCGCCGUCCUGCUCGGGCUCGCAGCGAUGGUCUUCACGACUUCGAUGAGGCAUCAAUGGGGGAGGCUGUUCACAAACGACGCAGAGACUCUGAAGCUCACAGCAUUGGCGCUGCCAAUCGCCGGGCUGUGUGAGCUCGGGAAUUGCCCACAGACCACUGGGUGCGGCGUGCUAAGGGGGAGCGCGAGGCCGACCACCGGGGCCAACAUCAAUCUGGGCUCCUUCUACUUGAUCGGACUGCCUGUUGCCAUACUGCUGAGCUUCGUCGGGAAAAUGGGGCUCCCGGGGCUGUGGCUGGGGCUGCUGGCGGCGCAGGCGUCGUGCGCGGCCAUCAUGGCAUACGUGCUCGCCGGCACAGAUUGGAGGAUGGAGGUGGAGAGAGCCAGAGAACUGACAAGAGCUUCUAAUUCUUCUCCUCCUCCUCCUCCUAUCGCUCCCAUCACUGCUGAUACUAGUGGCAUCAACAGUGUUCUAUCACCUUCCACCAGUGAAGACAAAAAGAGGGCAGCUGCACUGGAAGGGAUUUUGUGCAUGAAUGGCGAUGUGAAGAGGGUGAGUAGUUCUGAAACAGAUCAUCUCAUUUCCUAUGUGUAAUGAGUGCACAAAUUCUUGUGUCUUUGACCUUAAAACCUUCUCUAUUUCCUUCCUUCUUUUCCUAUUCUAAUCUGAUGUAUGGUUUGAGAAUAUACAUGAAUCUAAUAUGUCCAUCUUGGUAA